UGCCACGAUGGGCAUCUGUGAGAUGAAAAGCUGCUGCUCAUGGCUUCUUUUGAUCUCAUUGCUUUCUGCACUAUCAAAUGAAAUUCAAGCGAUUAGCUCUGACGGCGAGGCGCUUCUGAUCUUCAGAGAUGCAGUUAGUAGAUCAGAUAGUUUCAUCCAUCAGUGGAGACCGGAGGAUCCUGAUCCAUGUAAAUGGAACGGGGUGACAUGUGAUGCAAAAACGAAAAGAGUCAUAACCUUGAAUCUUACUUAUCACAAAAUAAACGGACUUUUACCUCCUGAGCUUGGAAGGCUGGACCAUUUGAGGCUUUUGAUGCUUCACAACAAUGGUUUGUAUGGACCAAUACCUACAACUUUGAGAAAUUGCACGGCGUUGGAGGGAAUUUUCUUGCAGAGUAACUACUUAAGUGGAGCAAUCCCAGCGGAAAUGGGAGACCUGUCUGGCCUUCAAAAGCUGGAUAUGUCAAGCAACUCUCUCAGUGGAUCUAUCCCUGCUUCGCUUGGGCAGUUGAAAAAGCUUACUAACUUCAAUGUCUCAAACAACUUCCUGGUAGGGCAAAUACCUCCAGACGGAGUGCUCUCUGGAUUUUCUAAGAACUCCUUCAUUGGCAAUCGUAAGUUGUGUGGAAAGCAAAUUGAUGUCGUGUGCCAAGAUGAUAGUGGAAACCCUUCUUCAAAUUCCCAAUCAACAGGUCAAAAUCAAAAGAAGAAUUCUGGUAAGCUGCUUAUUAGUGCAUCAGCAACAGUAGGCGCGCUGCUCCUAGUGGCACUCAUGUGUUUCUGGGGAUGCUUUCUCUAUAAAAAGCUUGGUAAAGUCGAGAGUAAAAGCCUUGCAAUGGAUGUUGGUGGAGGUGCGUCUAUUGUGAUGUUCCACGGAGAUUUGCCUUACUCUUCCAAAGACAUCAUUAAGAAGCUGGAAAUGUUGAACGAAGAGCACAUAAUCGGGUGUGGAGGCUUUGGAACAGUGUAUAAGCUAGCCAUGGAUGAUGGCAAUGUUUUUGCCUUGAAAAGAAUUGUAAAGUUGAACGAAGGCUUUGAUCGGUUUUUCGAGAGGGAGCUUGAGAUUCUUGGGAGCAUCAAACACAGAUACCUAGUGAAUCUACGUGGGUAUUGCAAUUCACCAACAUCAAAGCUACUGCUGUAUGAUUACUUACCCGGUGGUAGCCUUGAUGAAGCACUUCAUGAGAGGGGCGAGCAAUUGGACUGGGACUCGCGGCUAAAGUUCUUAAUCAGCGAAAACAAGCCAAGAGAGAUUGUUGUUCCAAACUGUGAAGGAAUGCAGAUAGAGAGCCUUGAUGCUCUUCUUUCAAUAGCAACACAGUGCGUGUCUUCGGUUCCAGAAGAGCGUCCCACGAUGCAUCGGGUUGUCCAGUUACUUGAAUCAGAGGUCAUGACUCCUUGUCCCAGCGACUUUUAUGAUUCCAGCUCUGAC